AUGGCCUCAGCCAAGCAGCCAGACGACCGUUUUGACGACGGCGCCGCCAUCGACGACGAGGACGCUGACGAGGAGUUCGCAGAGCUCCAGCGCACCAUGAGCUCGAAGCGGCGCGACGACAAGGAGAAGGGCAAGGAGAACCGUAUCCAGGAGAUCCUCCCAUUCCCCUUCUCGCCAAACAUCCGUCCCCUGGGCAUCUCUGAUCUCUGGUCUACUGUCGCGCUCGAGAACGCCGCGUUUUCUGACCCCCAGCACAGAGCGUCGCCCGAGAAGCUUGAGUACCGUCUCACCAAAUGCCCCGAGCUUAGCCUGGGUGUCUUCUGCACCGUCGUCCCUGAUCUUGCCAAGGACUUCGAUAUUGAGACACUCGCGACUGCGCACCCGGUCGAGACCGACCGUGCGGACCAGGCCAAGAGCGUCCUGCUGGCGCACAUCAUCGCGACUGCCUCGAGCUCCAGCAUCGUCCAGGACAGCGACAUGGAGAUACCCGCGGGCUGGCGCACGUCGCAAGUCCAGCAUGUCGACAAGGGCCACCGGGAGGGCGGACGGACCAUCUGCGUACACUCGCUGGCCGUGUCGCCCAAGCUGCAAGGAUGCGGCCUCGGAAAGCUCAUCAUGAAGUCUUUCCUCCAGCAGAUGAAGAACCUCGGAGCCGAGCGCGUUGCUCUUAUCUGCCAGGAUUACCUUGUGAGCUACUAUGAGCGGUUCGGUUUCAAGCACGCAGGCAAGAGCAAGGCUGAGUUUGGUGGAGGCGGUUGGCACGAUAUGGUCUUCGAUUUGGCGGCCACAGCAGCUACGUCGGGACCCGCUCAGCCACCCAAGUGA